UUGUAAACAAGGUAGUGUUUUAUCGAAGAAUGUAGACCGUUUCCUGAAAACUCGGUUUAAUCAGUAUUUUCGAAAAAUAACGUGACUAACGUGGUAUUGCACAACUGCUACAGUAAAGAUCCAGAGAAGGAGCUGGUUUCCAGUUCGAAACAACAGUCACGAAACAUGCAAUACGAAGAAAGGAAAACAAAACCGGAAUCAAACCGGAAGUACCUUGUACAACAAGUUCAAGAACAGUCUGACUUGUGUGAUGUGAUUGUAAAGAUGGGACAUUGGGAGAAGAAGUUUCACCGCUGUGUGCUUGUAGCCAGUCCGUUCUUCGACAACGUUCUUAAAAACAACUUUCUUGAGAAACAGACAGGUAAAUAAUUUAAUUACAUCCUUAUUGAGAGGGAUAUGCUAUAAUUAUACAACUUCCCAGAGGAGCAGAAAGGUAAGUUACAUAAUUUAGCUUUCUAUUUGAAUGCCUGACAACAUUUAAGCCUGAUUGGUGUGGCUUUAUUUAAGGUAAAUAUUUUGGUAUAUAAAGCUGGUUAAUCAUAUUUUGAUCAAGUACUGGAUUUGUUUGAAACUUAAACAAUUGAUCAUUCACAAGUAAUUAUGAAUACUGAGUGCUUAAUUAAUAUGUAUAUGUUUGCAGGGGUCAUUUUUGAAAAAUGCAAAACUAGACAGUAUACUGAAUUCGAAAGGAAAACCCCGCUUUUAGAUAAUUUUAUAUUAUAGACCGGAAAAUGUCAUAAAUGUUGCUCAAAUGUGAUUGACCAGCAUUAGGUGUGUGUGUUGAUUGCAAAGAGGGAUAGCGAUAUCGACUCGUAGAGGAUAUAUUUUGAGAGGCUUUAACAAAUUGUAUUAAGAUCUAUUUUAAACAUUGGGUAUCAUAUCAUGUAAUCUUAUAAAAAGAAAGAUAUUUUAAAUAUAUAACAUGGAGACAAUACAUGCAUUCUAGAGAUAAUUUAGAGUCGCAAGAACAUUAUACUAGAUUUGUGUUAUACCAAGUCUAAUUGUCAUCAGCGUUUGUCAUAUUUGCUCAAUAUGUAGACAUUAAAACAAAUUAAAACACUAACUCGCACAUUUUAUGUAAUUCAAACUGAGUCAACCUAUGCAUAUAAUCCUGUCGUGUAUUGUUUGUAAAUGUGUUUAUGUUGCAAGAGUUUUACAAGAAUGGUCAUCUGAUAAACAAUUAAUGAAAGUAUCGGCGAUUCGAUAACGUAAUACCAUUCCAUUCUGCUAAUAAACAAAAGAGCUAUCGCAUACUGUUUUCUUCAAAUUUUCGAUGAAUAUAAACUAAAAAAAACACAUAUAGCUAAGUUUAGAGUGAACAAUAAUAAUUUUAUCUUUGCUUCUUCAGGAAAGAUUGAAAUUAAACUUGGUACUCCUACCACCUUGGAAAUGGCGAUAAUGUUCCUCUAUGGAAAGAGACCAAAGUUAACCCACGACAAUAUAGAGCAUGUCUUGCACUUGGCGGAGUUUCUUCUCAUCCCAAAUUUGAAGUCUGCAUGUAUAAGCUGGUUGAAGACUACCGAUGUCACAGAGGAAAAUUGCAUGACUUUACUACAGCUGUCGAGCAUUUACGGCUUUGAAAUUCCAAACUGCACUCAAUAUAUCGAGGCACACUUGUCUGAAAUGCUGAGACAUUUACAAAUGGUGAACCUGACGAAAGAAUCGAUCGAAUACUUAUUUUCGGAUAGAAAACUAGCCUACGUGCCGAUGGAUGAAAAGCUUAUGUUUCUUCUUAGAUGGAGAGAUAGUCAGCCUAGUCAAAGAAAUGUCUACAUGAAAGAACUGUUGAUGGCUAUUGAUUUUCGUGACGUCAGCAAAUCCUUGUUACAAGAGUUAAAAGAGGAUCACAGUUUAAAAGAAAACAUAGAUUUUGAACAAGUCUUACGAAAUAUUAGCGAGGAAUGGAGUACACACCGAGUUUUAAUAAUGAAGAGCGAAAGUGAUGAAGGGUCAUUCUGGUGUUUAGACUUAGAAAGAGAAAAAUGGUUCAGACUUAGUUCAGAGGCAUACGAAGGAGACAGGUCAUAUCAAUAUCGCUUUCAUAUUUCUGGUAAAGGAAGCAAUGAUUUUGAAAUAUAUUUUACUGACAAGGGUUACCAGCAGUCUAAGAUGGUAACGCUUAAUUUGCAGUCAGAUACGUGCAAAACAUUCAAGUUCAUGGAAAAAGAAAGCGGAAAUGAUUUAAAGCAGAUUGAUGAUCUACAAAUGCAUGGUGAUGUAUGUAUUGUCAAUGUCAACGAACGAGUAAAAACGAACAAACAGACAAACCAGACUUCUCCAUCCAUUGAUAUACAUAGUCGUCUACGGUACCUGUCUCUCCUUGGAUGUAAUCCACUUGACCAAAUACUUGCAAUACAAAUGAUGCAAGACGAUGGCACCAGAUCGAGUGUAUAUACGGACACGUCGACGUUGUAUAUUGGAAACGUGGACGAUGAAGUUGUCAGGAUGUCACCAUUUCUUACAUUUAAAGACGAUCAGAUAUCACAGAUUUGUUUAAAUAAUAAUUCAACUCUUGCGAUGCUUUUCAAAUCAAAGAAAUUUGUGUCAGUCCUUGAUCUUGUUGAUCAUACUUUAGAAAGAAUACAAGUCGAGACAGAUUACAGUGACAAAUUAGUUCAAAGCGAGAAUGGAUUUGUCAUUUACAAUAACAAACGUUGUAUCUGCCUGCAAAGGCUAACUGGGCCUUCUCUUCCUAUUAAAUAUAAGAUUACAGAAAUAUUAUUUCUAAAUACAAAGUUUUCUCAGGAGAAAUUGUACUUCUGUGACAAUACUUGGUAUCACUAUUAUCGCAAAACCUAUGAUGAAGAAUUCAAAUUUGAAAGCACUCCGCACAGUUGCGUCAUAUCAGAAGGUUCAAUGGAAAAUGUAACUUGGAAACCGCUGCCACUCCCUAGGGAAGCUGACAGGUGCUACCCAGAUACAAUAAAAGACAAUCUCUUUCAAGUUUGUAUCCCGAAAAGUAAGCUUCGUUGCGACAUAGAAUGUCCCCACUGCAUGAUGGCUGCCAGGGACUCCAGUGGAAUAUAUAGAAGAACAAUCGCCAGUUCACGUUACGACGAUUCGGAUGACUACUUCUACGAAGACUCGUCAGAUGACGAUUAUUACGGAUAUUCGUUCUAUGAUGAAGAUUAUGGUUAUUACUAUGACGACUCUGACUAGAUCAUGACUUGCAGAGAUUUGAUAUUUCGAAUGCAUAUCUUUUAUCAAAUGGCUUGCUGCAAAAUACUCAGUUCGGUGGAUUUUUGUGAAACCUUCCUGACCUGAUAAUAGUUAGUUUAGCUGCUUUUAUACUAUAUCUGGUAUAUUUUGAAGGCGAUACGGAUUUUUUUAAUAGAAAACCACAUCGACAUGCAUAUAUGAGAAUUGCAUAUGAAAUAAAACAUUUUAUACUGUUUUCUAAACUGUUUUACUCAUACCAAGGUUACUGUGUAAUAACACUGAGUACAUAGAAAAUGUAUAGGUUUUCGACUUUAAUACAUAGAGAAUUAUAACUUUACAUAGAGGUUACUGUCUGAUAAAUUAAAAUGUAUUAGGCGAGUUUAAGAAAAGGUAAUUAGGCGAGGCUCUGCCGCACCUUUUCUUCGUAGACGAGAGUAAUAAAUUAAAAUUUUUCAUACAAUAAUCUAAUAUUCUAUUUAUCCUAUCUGCUCAGAAAAUUGCGAAAAAAGUCAAUGGAAAGAGCAACAGCGUGCAAACUUGGCGUCAUAUAUAUGACGUUUGCAAGUGCAAUUCUUUUUGUAGUAAAAUAAAAAUUUGUAAAACUUAUUUUGUUUCUGGAUAAAAACUUUUGCUAUUACCACAUUUUUCUUAGUUAGAAAAUUUCCAAUACAAUGAUUACAAAAUUUCCGGCUGAAGUGCGGUAAAAGGGACAAAUAGCAAUA